GGCCAAAGCCUAAAGAUAAAAGUUGCAUAAGAUUGAUCGAAAUUCAUGAAGGGUUUCUUGAGAACUUUCAAUGUGGGAGGUGUGAGGGGUUUUUCGGCGCAAAGUGGGAAAGUUGUCAAUGGCCAAAGCUUAAAGAUACCAGGGGUUACAGAUAUCUUUGCGGUUGCUUCUGGUAAAGGUGGUGUCGGCAAAUCCACUACUGCUGUUAAUUUGGCCGUUUCACUUGCCAAUAAGUGUCGACUAAAGGUUGGGUUGCUUGAUGCUGACGUCUACGGUCCCUCAAUUCCUACAAUGAUGAAACUACAUGGAAAGCCCGAAGUGGGUGUAGCCAAGAAAAUGAUUCCAAUUGAAAACCAUGGAGUCAAGUGCAUGUCAAUGGGGUCUCUGGUGGAGAAAGAUGCCCCAAUCGUGUGGAGAGGUCCCAUGGUCAUGAAAGCUCUGGAACAGAUGACAAGGGGAGUUGAUUGGGGUAACCUUGAUAUUCUUGUGGUGGAUAUGCCUCCUGGGACUGGUGAUGCUCAGAUAUCUAUUUCCCAGAGGCUCCAAUUAUCAGGUGCAUUGAUCGUUUCAACUCCUCAAGAUGUCGCGUUAAUGGAUGCUCGAAGGGGUAUCAAAAUGUUUUCUAAAGUUGAAGUUCCGAUUUUGGGGGUCAUAGAGAACAUGAGCUACUUUAGAUGUCCCCACUGCAGUGAGCCUUCGUUUAUUUUUGGAAAAGGAGGAGCUCGUAGAACAGCUGAGGAAAUGGGCAUGGCAUUUAUUGGUGAGAUACCACUGGAGGGGGAGAUCCGAAGUGGUUCUGAUGAAGGUGUCCCUAUAGUGGUAUCAAAGCCUGAUUGUGCUGUCUCAAUAGCAUACACUGAUGUCGCUCAAAAAGUUGUGCGCAGACUUGAAGAAUUGGCCAAAGAGCAACAACUCCGACCACAGAUAACUCUGUGAAUGCUGCAAUUGGCUUUAGAUAUAGCUCCAGUUCCAUGAUUUGUGGUUGUGGCGGAGUACUCAGUUUUGCUUUGCAGUUUGUCUGUGCUUCCAUUGUUUCGCAGAGAAAGACAGGUGCGGAUUUCGUGCGGCAUGGAUAUCCGGGUUUUAGUUGAGGAUUUGUGAAGGAUGUACAAUUUUGGUGCCGGCGUUAUGUUUUGACCUGGGCUGAAACCCGGUGAUCUGACCAAACAAGGGGCAGGGAGGUUGUGGACUCUGGCCAUCUUUUAAACCUAAAAGGUUGAAUCCCACUCUCAGUAUAACAUGGUGGUGAUGAACAUAACUCCUGUUGUUUUAUAGCUCGUAUGAUUCGAC